ACGAGGAGGAGACGGGGGCGAGGCGAGCGUGUUGCGAGGGGGUUGAGAGAGAGCGAGAGAGCGCGAGAGGGAGACGCGGGUUCCUCGCUGUGCCCGGCGCGGUGGUGAGAGCGCGCGCACGUGUCCCGCUGAACGCGCCGUGGGGACUCGAGACGUCUGGGGCAAGAGUGGGGGUGUCGUCCCCCCCGCCCCAUCGCAAGCAAAGGGGCUCAUCGGACCCCCUCGUCAUAACCCCCCCUCCAGACAACACCACGCUGUCUGGAAUGUAGGAGCUGCCGACACGAACGCGCGGCGCACGGACAUCUCUCUCCUCUGGCUCGCUCGCUCCGCGCCGCCGCCGCCGCGACCGGCGUUUGGCGAGACCCGGGCGCGUCCCACCGAGCGAGUCGAGGAAUGUAGCGGGCGAGACGCAGGGACGCGUUCCGCCGGGGCUUUCUCCCCCUCCCCCCCCCUUGCUGCCUCCAUCAAUCCACGUCCAACAACAACGUCGUCCUCGUCGUCGUCACCCUCCUACCGCCGCUACAACUCCCGCGUUGUCUUCCUAACUCUUUAAUGAGAGCGCGGGAGAGCGGCGCGGGAGAGAUUCUCCUGCCCCGUGUCUCCUCGUAGCCGCGUCGGGAAACACAACAACAGCAGCAGCAACAACAGCAGCAGCAACAACAACAACAGCAGCAGCAGCAGCAACAACAACAGCAGCAGCAGCCAGCGACCGAACUUGUCCGUCUGCCACCGUCAUCGACUCCAAGGUUCGGGGGUUCGCGUCCCGUGCACGGGGCUGUCAGGGUGACCCCGUGGCGUCACCGCCUGUAGCCCUGCACGACCACCUUCAACCACCACCACCACCACAACAACAGCAACAACCUCGAACCAGCAACCGCCCUCUGCUCAUCCCUCCACGAACUCCGGCGCGUUUGUUGGGGGGGCGGCGGGGGGGACCGCCAUGGGGGACUGCGGGGAGCCGUGGCCCCCGCUCCCCAGCCACCAGCAGCAGCCGCUGAGCCAGCCGCUGAGCCACCGGCGAGCCGCGGUGGUGGAGCGGCUCCGGCAGCGGAUCGAGCAGUGCCGCCAGCACCACCUGAGCUGCGAGAGCCGCUACGAGCUGAGCUGGGCGCGACAGCGAGAGCGCGAGCGGCGUCACAGCGACGCGCUGCACGCGAGAGCGCGCCGGGGUUCGGUGCCCCAAGCCAGGGCACCCCUCGGAGGCCCCGCCGGUGGUGCCGGCGUCGGGACCCCGCUGCUAGGAGGAGCAGGGGCAGGGGGCCCCGGGUCGGGCACCGAGUGGAGCGGCGCUUCGGGACCAGCGGGGCCCCCCGCGUCGCUGAGCAGGAACCAGCGGGCGUUGGCGCUCAUCGCGCUGCAGGAGCAGCUGAAACGGCGCCUGGAGGAGAGCGACUACGGCGACCGCGCCAACGGCUCUUCCUACGACUGCGCCCCGCCGGGCCCCAAGCGCGCGCGCGGUGACGGCGGGGGCGGCGGCGGCCCGCACGGGGCCCACGCGGGGUCCCCGCUGUCCGCCCCCCUCCGGCACCCGCUGCCGCCGCACCCCCAGCACGCCCGGCAGCACUGCGUGCCGCUCCCGGCGCCGUCGCACGGCCGCUACGGCGGCGGCGGCGUCCAGCACUGCGGCACGGCGGUGUCGGUGACCCACUGCGUCACGGGCGACCGCUCGCGCAAAACCAUCCACACCACCGUCACCGUGCUGCAGGACGGCGGCGUCGGCACGGCGCUCAAGGUGGAGCCGCGGGACGGAGCGUUCUGCUCCGUCGACGACGACGACGCCAAGCGCGGCGGCGGGGGCGGCGCGCCCGGUUGCGGCGUCCCCUCGGAGGUCGACCAGGAGCUGGAGUUCAUCCUCGAGGAGCUGGAGCGGGAGCUGGCCAAGGGCGACACAAAGGAGGCCUUCGAUUUUGGGCGACCGGCGCUCAACGGGGACGACGAGCGGCCGCCGCCCGUGGAGGAGGAGGACCAUAAACACUUCCUCAAGCUGGAGCGGUGCGCCGGGCCGGCGGAGCACGGCGCCGCCCGGUGCCGCGACGACAAAGCGGCGGCGGCGGCGCUCGGCACGCUGGUGGUGAAGCGCGAGAUGUCGCCGAGCUGCCACGGCUCCGCCGGCGCCGGGUCGCCCCUCCACGCGCACGCCGGGUCGCCCCUCCACGCGCACGCCGGGUCGCCCCUCCACGCGCAGGGCCGCACGGCACCGUCUCCCGUCGUGGCCUCGCCGCCCUCGCAGCAGCAGCCCACGCAGGCGGCGCGCUUCCCCCCGCAGACGGCGCCGCCCGCGCACCACCACGCGCACCACAACCACAUUCAGCAGCAGCAGCAUCAGCAGCAUCAGCAGCUGGGCAUGAACAUGUCGUUUGCGUCCCGUCUACAGGCACCCAUGAACUACCAGGGCGUGCCUCCGUUUCAGCAGCAGGCAGUAGCAAGGCAUGUGCAGCAGCAACAGCAACAGCACCAGCAGCAGCAGCAGGGAGUUAAGGGACAGCUGCCGGUACAAGGUGGCCCGUCGUGCGGGUGGCCGCCGUCGGCGCCGGCUCGGGGAGGCCCUCGCUCAUCGCCGGCCUACGACGCCGAUCGGCCCAAGGUGAGCGCCAGCGGCCACGCGAUGGCGCCAUCGCGGCCCGGCCCCACGGGCCACGUGGCGCAGCCGGGACGAGCGAGCCCCUCGCCCGCCAGCCACGCGGCGCAGCCCAACCGCACGCCGCCCGGCGCCGCCAGUCAGGCCAACCACAACCACCACCGGCACCACCACCAGCACCCGCAGCACCCGCAGCACCCGCAGCCGCAGCAGCAGCAGCAGCACCACCUGCCGGUCGCACUUCCCGGCCAGAUGCCCGCGCCUCGCGGGGCGGAGGGCGUGGUGUCGCCGGGCUGCGGGCACGCGCCGGGGCCGCCGGCACCGGUCAACGCGGCCGCCGGCGCUGGCCCCGCCACGCCCCCCUCGCAGGGCGGCCACGCCGCUCCGCUCGGGCACAAGGGCGGCGGCGGCGGUGCUGCGAUCGCGCGGCCCCACGAGGGCUGCCCCAACGUGACGGCCGGCGCCCUGUCCUACGGCGACACCAAGCCGCUCACGCACUUUGAUCCCGACGGAGAGGAGGCGCGAGGGGUGGCGGCGGCCGCGGCUGCGGCGGCCGCGGCGGCCGCGGCGGGAGCUGGGCCUCCCCCUGCGAUGCCGGGCACCGUGGCGGCACCGGGGAGCGGAGGAUUCUACCCUCACGACGCCGGCGCCAGGCAGCCCGCGCGGGCGCGCACGGCGCCCGAGGUGCGCCGCUUGCUGCUGCGCCGCGUGCUGGAGCAGGGGGGGCUGGGCGGGGGGGAGCUGGCGGCACGGCUCGGCGCACAGUACCAGCCCGGAGCGCAGGAGAAGGUGGUGGGCGGCCUGAGCCUGAAGCCUUCCCCAGGGCCCGGUUUCCCUGGCAACCGGCUGGCGGCCACCCUGCCCGGCCUCAACGCCACGGAGCAGAAACGCGAGCUCAUCCACCAGCAGUUAAUGGAAAAUCAACAGCUGCACAGGCACCUGACGCGGCCACCCCCGGAGUACAAGGACCAGCCCAUGGCAGUGCCAGCCAACUCGUACCCAGCCACAACCCAGCCCUUCUCAAUGCCCAUCGGUUCUCCAGUGACGCAAAUGUCCCCGGUGCAUUGUCCUGGUGCCAGCCAGCCGCCUCCGCCUGUCUACGCUCUUCCCAACGGCUCUCCCCUCCAUCACCACCACCAGCAGCAGCAGCAGCCGAGCAUGAUGGGAAUAGUGCCGCCCCCGUCGCCGGUGGUGGCCACGCAGCAGGGUACCAACAUGUCGGGCCACGGCGUGCGCGCGGUACGGAGUGCCGUCACGCCGGGCGCCCCCGUGCCCGUGCCUGUGCCCGUGCCCGUGCCCGUGCCGGUCCCCGGUCGGCUGGUGCACCCGGCCGAGCCUGCGGCCUUUCGGGGUCAGCGGGCAGCGGCCGGCCACAACGUGUGGGGGCAACAGAACCAGCAAGGGCAGCAGCAUCCUCAGCAGAUUCAACAGCAGCGCUUCCCGCUCCCCAACCAGGCCGUGAACUUUCCGGUCCGGCCGCCGCCCGCACACCUCUCCACGGCACCGCACGCCGGCCUCGGGCGACUCAAUCCGGCCCCCGGCACCCCGGGGCAGGUGCCCAGCUUUCCGCCGCUUCACGGCGAGCAGGGCGGCAGCGGCGGUUUCUUCCGGGUCUCGGGGGGAUGCAGCAACGUGGCGGUGGAGAGCAUGGGGGGGGCGGCAGGCUCGGGCCUCGCAAGUCUCAAUGGAGGUUCCGAUUUUGUGGACUCCCUUCUGAAGGGCAGCGGCGGUGGCGGCGGGGGCAGCGGCAGCGGGGGCAGCAACGAGGACUGGCAGGACCUGGAGGAGAUCCUCGGCCAAAACUAGCGGGACCCAGCGUGCUGCCGAGAACACCGAUCUUCCGGGCCGGGCUACGCCCCACGCACGAGGACUGGCGGACUUUCCUCUCGCGCCUCCUUGUCUGCGGUGCGACCGAGCGGCGUCCACCCAUCGUUGAGGACCGCCACGUUGGCCGCCUCUGUUGCGGCGGAGUUCAGAAUUUGCAGGAAAAGUGAAAGGAGGGGGGAGGUGGGUGGAAAUCGACGACAUUUUAGGUCGUCCUCCACGAACUGGGACUCGCCAGUAAAAUGUGAAUGUUUCAGGUAUCGCUCUUUCAACUGAGGAAGUGAGCGAGGAUCUUUUGACCCUCGAAACUCAAUCCUGGCCAAGCGGCCGCUCCAAGCCGCUGCAGUGGCUCUUGCAGAGCCCUCGUCUAACUUACAACAGAUCCAUCCUGCACGGGGCACUCGCGAUCUUUCUCAAAGUAUUCCGGCACCUGCAUCUUUUUUUUUUCUUUUAAACGUUGGAAUCAAAAACUUUUCAAUUCCACAUUGUCGUCCCGCGUUGGCUUUGCCCAUUCCACAGCGGUGUUGACAAUGGCCUCCAAUCCGCUGCGAUCGGUUUUAGCGCCGUUACCGUUGAGAGGAGCCAGCGGCCGUGGCCGGCAACGUUAGUAUUACCGCGUGCAUCAUGGCACGCGCGCAGCGUGCCUCCUCGGGUAUUAACGCGUCAGUGUAAAUAAUCUAGCAGGCUCGUAAGGUUUUUUUUUUAGGAGGAACAUAUUUAUUAUUUGUCGUGAAUAAAUGCAAAGCACAACGUCAAACACGACGAUUAAUGCGCGGGGAGGGCCCCAUGGCCGCGCCCCGCACUCGCUACGGCCGCUGCCGCCACCGUCACCAUUUCAUCCGUCAGACUCCGCUGCCGGCAUCGUGCCGUCGUGCGCGGGGGGGGGGGGGUAAAUGCCUCCCGCACGUGACGGGGAGUGCGUUUAGAUUUUUUUUUUCCUUUUUCCUCUGCGACGGCAAGAACAUUGAGAGCGCUCCCGGCGCGGGCCCACGGCAACCCCCGGAACUCGCCAAGAAACUCCACUCGGCACUCCACUCUCAGCCCGCACGUCCAGAAACCCCGAAGACGGAUCACAGCGAAAAGGCCACCCCUAAGGGAGCUUGCAACCGAUUCCACCUCGUAAUCUCCCGCCCGGGUCUCACGGCACCCAGUUGUAUCCCCCCCCCAACCCUAUGCCUGUCUAAGCCAAUGGCGACUUGAACAGAGGACUGCCAGCGAUUUCACGUGCGUGCGCUACGCGGCGCGGUUUAAAGACCUGCUCCGGCCCGGCAGAAGAGAGCAUCGUGGGGCGCUUAGCCGCUGCGCAGAGAUCCACGAGGGAGUGGAGUUUACCACGAAGGCUGGCGGCAGUGCGGGAGAUGCCGGUCGCUUGUAGCUAAGGGGGGUGGAGGGGUGCUGGCAGAGGAACCUUUCUGGGGGGGAAGGGAGGGAGGGAAGGGGGGUCCCGGCCCCCCUCUGGCUCCUGUUGUCCGCCGCGGGGUCGCCAGCGAUGCAUCGCGCACACGCGCUCUCCCGUUCGUUUUUGUACUAAACUGCGAAAUGCUAAAGUGAACUGUUAUUUUAACUCGGAACCUGUACAGUACUACGAUUAGAAGUGUUUUUUUAUACCUUUAAAUAGAGCAUCUCUAUCUUAACAUUUACAAUGUAACACUUUGUACACUUUAAUAUAUAAAUAUAUAUUUUUCAAGUGCUCAAUUUUGUAUCAUAUUUAAUAGGUAUCAAUGCUUCCCCCCCCCUGUGCCCCCGUGUGUCCGCGUCGCGUCUCCUUGUCAGACAUUCCCUGUUGUCGCUCGAACGCUAUGGAAAUGAAUAAAAAAUUACAUUUUACGCCGUGA